UGUUGUCUCGGCUGGGCCCUCGCCCGCCUCCCGCGACGGAGGAGCUGAUCAAGCACUUCAUAUCAGACGCGCACGUUCGACGGGCGGUACUCGCUGCGCUCACGAACUAUCGGGCUUUCCAGGAGCAGCCGGCCGACCUCAUGUGGCUAGCACUGACCCUCACCAGAUAUAUCCUUGGUAUGCAAAGCCCCAUAGACGUGCUAGACAAAAUCCUCGACUUUGGAGCUGUCGAUGAGGAUCUUCGAGAGAGCUUGGCCAAGCUGGUCGCAGAUGCUCUUACUGAACGACAUAGUUCCAGAGUGACGCAGACGCCCCCAUGGGUUAUCGACGCAGUCAUCUUCCUGCUCUCAAUCCAGGAAGUCAGGCCUCAGAUCGCAGGCCACGACGAAGGGAGCAAACCACCUCCGCCAGGUGUUCUCGCCCUCCGCGACUGCUUCUGCGGGCCCGCGACGGCCAUUGCGACGGGCAUACGUCUUCGCCGCUCACCCUUCGUCCCGCUGGCGCACAAGCUCCUGCACGUGUGCGAGAACGGCAUAGUCCUGAAGCACGCACUCGCGUUGUAUACUCCAUACCUUUGCAACAAGGUCAAUAACAGCCCCGAUAAUAGGAACGAAAACCCGACACAUGCGCAUCGGUCGCUCGUUGAUGUCCUAAAGAGCACGACCUGCGAGACGCAUCUGAGCGAAUGGGAGCGGCAGCGCGUCUUCGACGAUAUCAGGGACCUACUUGGGGAUACGGCUAAGAGGAUCCACCUGCCUUCCGGAGCUUGGCCAGAUGUAUCCGUCGAAGUCAUAGUGACGCUAGGCCAGCUAGCGUUGUUUGCGUCACGGUCUGACACGAUCAAGAUUUUCACGUCGAUGUGGCAGGAUCCAGACAGCUUCGGGCUCUUCUGGUUCUUUGCGGGACUGCAUAACCGGGAUCGGUUGGACGAAGAGUCCGAAGCUGGGCAGCUGUGCAAGGAGGUUCUCGCUCAGGCGGACGCCCACGGUACGCCGUGACGGCAUGCGUGUGGCUUUGGCUAACUGUGAUCCGCUUUUUCAGAUGUGACAAAAUGCUUGGAGCAGUCGUGCCGCAGACUCAAGGCCUUGCUAGAUGGGAAGAAGUACGGUCACCAGCUGAUUGGCCUUGGCCCCUUGGACUACAUUCGCCUCUGUCGCCUCUGCCUCCGCGCGUACCAAGACGCUAUAUCUCCGAUGGCCAGUAGCCGCGCUUCUACGAGCAACGGGCACGAAGUUCCUCCUAACCCCGACAUCAGCAGCUGGUGGACGAGACUUUGGACGCUUCUAGCCAAGUUAGUCGCCAAGUAUGACAAAGACAAAGGCUGGAACAGCCUUCCGCGCGAUAGUGCGAACAAGAAUAUAGAGCAGACCAAACACGCACAGCAGAACGGGAGCUCUCUCCAAUGUAAGUCAACCCGGCCC